AUGAAUGACUUUGCAAACAAAAUAAACCCCGAAGAAGCUUUGAAGAAGGGAAAGGGAAAAAAAGUUGAUCUUAACAAUAGUUUCUGGAAAUAUAGAAUAUUAGCGUGUCAUAAAUUCAUUAGUAGGUGGGCAUAUAAAACUUCGAUUCCAUUUCAUGCAUUGGAAGAUGAUAGCUUUAAAAUGAUGCUGGAGGUUGUUGGCCAAUUUGGAAUCGGGCUUCCACCUCCUAUUAGAUAUUCUUUGAGUGACCAACUUCUAAAGCUUGAGGUUGAAAGAACAAAAACGAAGAAACUAACCAUAUUCGUUUAUGCUCACCACAAAACCUUGGCUAUGAUGAGAAACUACACCAAGAAAAGGGAAAUUAUUCGACCGAGAGUCACGAGAUUUGUUUCCGCCUUUCUAACAGUACAAAGCUUAUCUGAAAAAAAGGAGCAACUAAAACAUAUGUUCUCUAGCACCGAAUGGGAGGAGUGCAAAUUUUCUGGUACGCCUAAAAUGAGAGCCUCAUAUGGGAGGGUGACAAGUCUCCAAUUUUGGGCUGGUGUGACACAAGGUUUAAAAGUGUUUUCCCCUUUGGUGAAAGUCCUUCGAAUGGUUGAUGCGGAUUGGAAGCCCUCAAUGGGUUUUGUUUACGGGGAGAUUAAAGUAGCAAAAAAAAGAAAUUAUGAAAGCUUUGGGUGGUCAAGAGAAAGCCUACAAGCUUGUUAUAAAUAUCAUAACCAACAGGAUGAAAGGUAG